AUGGCUACUGAACAAUAUACAUCUACUAACACUGGUCGUAAUGUUCGUAAACGAUUACAUUCCCCUGACUAUUCGGAUAAAGAGUUUACCAGAUCCGAUAAUAGCAACAAUAACGCUACUGCCAAAGAGCAACCUUCAUCAAUACAAAAUGAACCAGAAUAUAUUCGAACACCUAAGAAACCAAAGAUGAAAGUAACAACUCCGGCUUCUUCUUCUUCCUCAACCACUUCAACUAAAGGAACAACGAAUAAAGCAGCAACUACUAAAGUAAUAAAUUCUAAAAUAACAACCUCUAAAGCAACUAAUUCUAAAUCAACAUCACAAAAACGAACCAUCGUGUCUAUGAGCAGCAGAAAAAAAGCUUCGCAACCGCAAUGUCAACAUCCCAAACAUUCGAUUUAUGAUGUUUAUAAACGCUUUGACGGUCUUUUUAAUAUUGGGAGUGGAGCCAUGAUGUGCAGAAGGUGUCUUCAUAGAACCGAUAGAGACCCCGAGUACACAUCACAUCCAAAUUAUGUCUCAGCCAAAUCUAUUUAUAAAGUUAAUGAACGCAAGAAACUAGUCAUUGAAAUGAAGGGAGUAGAUUUAGAUGAUUAA